UCUGCCAUGUUUGUGCUUCUGUGGAUAGACUUUGUUGUUAUCGCGCAGAGGAAGCUAUUCCGUUUGUUUGGAUGUAUCAUGUCAAAAUAUUAAACGUUGAAUGAACUCUCCAAAUUUGUAGUCAGCUCCAAGUGAGACUUGCAUCGCACCAUGUCAGUCAACGACGCAGAGUUUGACUUUGAUGAGUAUGACAAACCAGGUGCUGAGCGCUCACGCAGACGAAGAGGUGAAGAUGAUGAUAUUGAAAGUGAUUUGGAGGAGGAAUUGCUUGGUGAUGAUGGAUGGACAUCAAGUAAAAAGCCAUCUGAAAUGUCCGAUGAGGAGCUUAAUGAUGACCUUUUGCAAAGUGAUGAUGAAGACCAAAAUAUCAGCAUGGGCACAUCCUAUGGCCAGCAGGAGGAAGAGGACUACACAGAUGACAUGGUGACCCUGGGCGCUCCGGGCUAUGAGGGCGAAGCAGAGUAUACUGAGGACUACAGCCAGGACCACAAUGCAGACCAAAUGGACUACAGUGGAGAGCCAGCCGAAGGGGAUGAUGGCUACCAGGAUGAAGUGUUAGACCUCGAAAUCAAUGAGCCUCUAGACGGGGAAUUUCAAGAUGAUGAGUACACAACAUCAUAUAACAAAAAAACAUUGGAUGAGCACCAUGACCAAGUCUCAAAAGUCCCAGAAGAAGAGGAGUUUGUAGAGGAUGAGGUGUCUUCCACUGCUGAGAGCUCACAGGUUGAAAGUGAAGCUGUACUGGAAGAAGAAUCUCGAGAGGAGUCUGAAGAGGAGGAUGAGGAGGAUGAAGAAUCUGGGCGUUUGAGGUUCAAGUCCGAGAGAAAGGAAGGUGUGGUGGUGCGCUUGGCUGAUGCCGGAAGAAAACGCAGGAACAUUCCUGAAACCCUCGAACUGUCGGAAAAGGCCAAAGCUGAUCUAAAAGAAUUUGAGGAACAAGAAGAGAAAAAAAGGCAAAGCCGUUAUGGCAGAGGGAGAGGAGGAAGAGGAGGCCGAGGACGAGGGGGUAUGUUGGGAUACGGGCCACCGGACAUGAGAGGAAACAGAAGAAGAAUGAAUGAGCCCAGAUACCAUUUUAUGGGCAACAUGAACAUGCAGGGAUCCAGAUUGCCCCCCCAUCAGCAGCACCACUCCCGCCCACGAGGACCUCCUCCCUUCUCAGAGCCAGGGCGCCCGCUGGUCCAGCAGCCCCUCCAGCCGCUCAUGCCUCCACACAUGGCUCAUCGCUCUCCACCAAUGCACUCCCAAAUGGAGCCACCACCUCGAAUGAUGAGCCCGUCUCCUCCUGGCUUUCCCCAGCACUCCCACCACAACCUCCCCUCCCCAGCCAAAAACAUCCACAUUAACCCUCAUUUUAGAGGCCCCUCGACACCUGUGCAAGUGCCCUUGAUGCCUCCUGCUCAGAGCCAGCCUAGACCUGCUGUGGGUCCUCCGAGGUUCCCUGGACAAGGUGAUUUCCAGCAGCACAGUUUUGGUGCACCCCAGCGGCCUCCUCCUCACAUGGAACCCUACAGGAGUCAGCCACCUCUGGGGCCACAGGACCGAGAGCCCCUCUUUAUGGGAGAACAUGCAGACUCUGCACCUUUUCCGGGGCAGCCCAUGUUUGAGCACCAUGGCCCCAGCCCUCUGAUGAACCCUAACCUCCACCCGCCUCAGCUGCCUGGUCCAGGGCACAUGGGCUUUGGCCCACCAGGACCAGCCUUUAACCAGCCAGGCCAUGGCCCACUCGGACUGUUCCAGAGGGAGCCCCCUAGACCUGGCCUCCCUGCUAACCAUGUACAAGGAAUGAUGGGCCUGACCCAAGGAGGCCCCCCCAACCAGCCCAGACAAUUCAUGGGCCCUCGUCAACCGUUUGGACAGCCACGCAACCAUUUUAACCUCCAAGUCCCAUAUAGGAUGCAGCCUCCUCAUCCUCAGGACUUAGGCCAUCCUCCGCAUGCAGCACAUGCACAGCAGCACCAUCAUCAGCAACCUCCAAAUGAGCCUCGUCCCAUGAUGCACUCUGGCCAGAACUCCUUCCAUCCACAGCAGGCGCACGGUAGCCCCAGGCAGUCCACUCCCCGCUCCCAGAACCCCCAGCUGCGCAAUAUGGCAAACAGGCAAAGAAUGACUACCCCGACUCCUAAACAAGUGCAGAAUCUACCACAGCGGAACAGCAAUCUUCGAGAGGUCCCAGUGGCUUCUGGCAACACAAACAUGAACAGUACAUGCCCUGCUACAGCUGCUAAUGCUAACCCCACCGCCAGAGCAGCAGUGGGGCUGCGCCUGGGCCAGAACUCUCAACCAUUGAACAGUGGCAGGGGCCGAGGACAAGCUUCUGCCCGUGCCAGGGGUGCGUCACAGCCCGGAGGUCCAUGUCGGACCCAAGUCCACCAGGAAUCCAACACUCACCCUGACACAGGGACACAGAACGUUGAGGAAGAUGAGGAAACGCGACAGUACCGUCUGAAGAUCGAGGAGCAGAAGCGCUUGCGUGAGGAGAUCUUAAAGAGAAAGGAGAUGAGGCGACAAAUGCAAGCUGGAGUCCGAAAGAAGGAACUACUGGACCGACUUAAUUCAAAUCCUCAAAGUCAGAACCAAGGGACAGCUCCUCCUCCUCAGAAUCCCCCCUCACAACCACAUCCACCAGUACAACAGCCUCCUCAGCAAAAACCCAUGCCACCGAGGCAACAGCCAACCAAUCAGGGAGCCCCAUUCUCUUCUAACGGCUCCUCCAAAACCCCUAAGGCCAAUCCUCCUGUCUGGACACGGGGGCCUAUGGUAAUGGGCACAAACCAGCACCCACAGACUGGCAUCAGCUCAGAGCAGCUACAGACUCCUCCGGUGGUGCUGCAGCAAAGAAGGAGCGCUGCCCCUCAGAACCCAGUGAGAGCAGCUCCAUCCUCAGUGCAGCCGUCAGCCCCACGGCCAGGAGCCAAACGCACAGUGAUGCAGCGAGCCGCCACCACCACUGAGGCGGUCCCCGUUCCUCAGAAAGUCCGACUCAUCAAACUUUCAGGAGUUGGUGAAAAGGGUUCAGCAAUCACAGGUGUCCCCUUGAAGGAAGAAGGCAUCCAGUCAGUGUCUUCACACAACUUGGGCAUGCAGCGAAAGGUCACCGUGGCAACACUUCAGCAGCAGGGAUCAAAUGUACCACAGCAGCAGAACCGGGUGGUGGUAUCAGGCCGGGGCAGAGGUCGAGGACAGAUCAGUGUGGGACGUCCCCUGCCCACCAGGCAGAGCCAAAAAGCAGCAGAGAAAGGGCCAUCCACUGUAUCUAUAGAGGGCCUCUCCUCCUCUACAACUGAACUGCAGCUCAAGAAUUUGCUCAAAUCCAUUGGUCCCAUCGAGAUGUUCAAAAUGAUUCCUCAGCACAGAAAAGCAAUUGCAAAAUUUUCCAGUCCCCAGCACGCUGCCAGUUUUCAGACCAGCUUUCAUAGGCACAUGAUUGAUUUGUCCCACAUUGAUGUGUCGCUGAUCGAUGGAUGAGAAGCACUUUGACAAGGCCCUGCCUCCACUUGCCUCAAGACAGAGCCAUCCGUACAAAGACAGAAGGAAGGAGAGGGAGGGAGAGAGACCUGUGCUUUAUUCAGCCUCUGCACAACACAUGAGAUACUUUGGGAUAAGGAGAAACGUGUGUGUAUGUGUGUGUAUAUCCCUCUGAGACUGUGCCCACUACAAGCACUGCUCAGACACUGGACAGCAGUCUCCUUUGUAAUCACUCAUGUUUGCUUAUUGCAUAGUAAUGGACACUAAAUAAGACAUCAUGUGGGAUAAUGGGUGCUCCCCCUGCACUGGUAAUAAACAUGUGAAACUCCACUGUUGCACUGAGUUGGGUUUAGGCACACGUUAGUAGAGUAGGACUUGUUUGAGUCUUUUCUUAGUGCUGACAUCUUUCUGACAGUAGGUGGCACUGCCUCGUCACUUGUGGGCUCUUUCAUGUCUAGAUAGCGUGGAGUUAGUGUGUGGAUGGCACCACCUAGUGGAAAAUAAGACUGGUCGCUGUAAAAAGGAUUAUUAAUUGGUGAAGACGUUUCUGUGUUGAUGAUGCUUGCUUGACUGACAUAACGUACUAUCUAAAGUUGUUCAUUUUUGUAGGGACAGUUGGUUCUAUUUCCAUGUUUUAACUGUUACAGUGGCGCUGUAGACAAUGUCUGCUAUUUUAGUUGGCUGUUGGAUUAUGGCGUCUUUGCAGGAGAAGGAGUUAAUGGUUGUGAGCUUCGGGAUAAUCGGAUUAUUUUAUGGUUGGCUAUUUAAUAAUUGCUUUUGCUUUAAUUAGUGCAGGGCAGCGUUUCACAUUGUCCACAUUGAGACAGUAUUGGUUAUUCUAUAUGUUGCCAUUAUUGUAAAUGAGCUUUAAUAGGGUAGGUUGGCAAGUGUUCUUUUAGUCAUUUUGAGUUUUUAUUUUCAAACUCAGCUGUAUUUUCAGCUUCCAUUACUUUGCGGAUGCUGCUUCAGUGUUCAGCACACUACAGUGUAUGAAGUUUUACACACAAGUGUAUCAACUGAGAAAUUGAACAAAGAUGCAUAUUUUAAUUCUGUUAUAAUGGUAAAAUGAUGUCUUCAAGUUUAUUAAUAUAGAGAUCAGAGACUAUCUUCAAGGCAAUUAUUCAUUAAAAUUUAGCAGACUGAGGGGGCAGCCAUUAUCCCUUUUUAUUAAUCAUUUUCAUAAGUAAACCAGAUUAUAUUUUGUUUUUUGAACUGCUGUAGUAUCAGGUUAACUUUUUAUGUAAAGAUGUGUUCAGAUAUACCCAUAAUAACAUUUCUGGGGCACAAUUUGUUGAAAUUCUAAAGUUGAAGGGAAAUAAAAACAUGGCCAGUAUACCAUUAUAUAGGUAUAUGAAGCCAGUUCCAUCUUGGUCAAAUAUGUCUGCUGUGUUGUCUUGUCAACUGCUCCUGCAGCCACCGUUGCAAUCCACACUUGCGUUUUUUGAAUUUUGAUUCUUAGACAACCUGGUAUUUGUGACUAUUCCUAUGGUUUGAACAAAUCUGACAAACUUAAAUUUUAACAAUCUGCCAAAUUUUAAUUGUCAACAAAAAUAUUAGUUGGCUUCUCAAUGGAAAUGCUACUCUGUUGUUCCAAAACUGGUGUUUUUCCUGCACCACAACCUGUGCCAUUAUUUUGUCUUACAUUGGUCAGUGUCAAAUUUUGACUUAUGGCCUUUUGACUUUUUAAAAAUUAGCAUGCACAACUAUUUUACCUGUUAAAGGUCAUAACAUUUUCCUUAGCACAGUUCUAACCCGUUUUGGAACGACUGUCUUUGGCUUCAAAUCCUCGAUACACUUGGAUUCCAGACGUGUUUCUCAUUGUACUUGUUUUUAUAUGUUGUACACUUUUGUUCCAACUUAUUUUGUGUUUUAUUACUUUUAUUUUGAUUUGCUCUGGUCUUCACAUUUUUGUACUUUUGAAGUAUCAAUAUUUUAAUGCUGUGCAUUGUUAGUUGGUGGGUACUGAUAAAUCCUAUGGAUUUAAAGGUACCGGUUUCCUGAUAUAAUAUAUAAAGACAUCUGAGGUCUCAUUUAUAAGCCAUGUACAAAAAUCUUGUGAAUGUGACUUUUCACAUUAAGUGUUCAAGUAGAAAUGGUCCACAAACUGAAGCCUGCAUCUGUGGUCUUAAGUGACAAGACAGAGGGAUAUCUGAGCUCAGAGAGGACAUUUUCAUAUCACUGAGCCAGUUUGAAGAAUGCGUUUUGUCCAAACAUUCACUUUUAGUCCAAAGUUUUAUAAAUGAGAUCCCUGGUCUUGUAAUAUCAAAACAGAUUCAAAUUGAAAUCUCUUUGUAUCUUAUACUAAGACCUAUGUUUUUACUUUACACGUUUUUUUUUUUUUAAUUCACACUGUGCCUAAACUUGCUAUAUGCUGACGACUCUCAUAAUACCCAGUAUAAUUUGACCAAACAUCAACUUCUAAUCAAAGUCUUUUUGUCAACAGGUCCCCUGUGAGGAAGACUGCUGUUGCAAUAACCUCCUCUCAUUUCCUGUAGGUCUCAUGGUCCGGAGCAGCUUUUGACCUUUUUUAUUGAAAACCAAAUGCACUUGCAUACAUGCAAACAUGUUAACAUGUUACUUAAUAUUUAAACAUGUUUGCGGACAUGUAGGGGGGUGUUCUUUUUAUAGUGAAAUGGUGACUGGAUAUAUUAAGAGCAUUUAAUGGUCUUUAAUGCCUUCAUAUAGCACUUCUGGAUUUAACUAUUGGCUGCAUUGUAUGCAUGUGUGCAUUUGUGUUGGGCUUAUUUGUAAUGUCUGAAAGAGAAUUCUGAUCACUACAGGCCACACCGGACAACAGAGAUUCUACUUUUCUCAAUCUGAACCACCUCUCAGAUCCUUUUUCCUCUUUUUUUUCACUAAUGAAUCUAGGCAUUUUGCAGCGGCGAACCUUGGAGUCUUGCAGCAGAACUUAACCAUUAUUUCACUGCUCAGUUGAGAGCCACAUUUCCUUUUGAGGGUGCUGUUUUGUUUAAUCUUUGCUGCACCCUGACACUUUUGUAUUAAGCAGGAGGCCUACCUGGAUUUCCAUUGUUUGUUAGUUGCCAGAGAGCUGGACACCCUCCAUCCACUGGGCUAUCGGGUCACAGGGCAGGCCUGUAGCACUGGGCUUUCACUGCCUUCCCUACUUCUGACUUUAAACUGGGGUUGGAUUCACACUAAAAGGCAUUGCUUCAUCUCUUUUCUGUUUCACCAAGAAAGGAUAUACUGCUCAAAAUGAUAAUCCAACCUGGAGUGUAAAUGAACCAGCUGACAAGCUUUUCGGUCAUGUGAGCGCUGUAAUGUAAAGUUUUAUGUUUUGAAUGCUGAAAUAAAUGAAACAUUUGUUGUAACCUGUACAGUUUCUGCUAACAGUUUUUAAAUGGCACUGUUUAUAAAGGCAUCUAAGUCUGUUUCAACACAAGAACUGAUAUAUGAUGCAGUUCAUAAUAAAGUUCAAUAUAAUGAA